UAUCUUCGGCGUUGGCGGGGUCGUUUUUCUCAAUUCUCACACCAUCCCACCAAGUGGAUUGCGUUUCUCUUUUCCACCAAGUCGCCUCUCUCUCUGUCUCCCUCUCUCUCUCUCUCUCUCUCUCUCUGCCUUGACUCUCCCUCUCUACAUCACGAACUCCGCGGGCUCUUUCCUUCCUCCUUUUUGCAUUCUGCUUCUUUGAACACCUUAAGAGUCGCCCACAUACAACACACAAACACACACACACAUUCACACCCACCACCCCCCACGCAAAUAUGGGCGACGUCAAGUCCAUCAACGCCACCAGGGUCGCCGUCACCGCCCGGUCGGCCACCGAGCUCAUCGGCAACACGCCCCUCGUGCGCCUCAACAAGAUCCCCCAGAGUCUGGGCAUCGAGGCCGAGAUCUACGCAAAGGUCGAGCUAUUUAAUGCCGGCGGCAGCGUCAAGGACCGUAUCGCCCUGCGCAUGAUCGAGGAGGCCGAGAGGUCUGGCCGCAUCAAGCCCGGCGACACCCUCAUCGAGCCCACCAGCGGUAACACCGGCAUCGGCCUGGCCCUCGUCGGCGCCAUCAAGGGCUACAAGACCAUCAUCACCCUCCCCGAAAAGAUGUCGGCCGAAAAGGUCUCGGUCCUGCGCGCCCUCGGCGCCACCAUCAUCCGCACACCCACCCAGGCCGCCUGGGACAGCCCCGAGUCGCACAUCGGCGUCGCCCGCCGCCUCGAGAAGGAGAUCCCCAACGCCCACAUCCUCGACCAGUACGGCAACCUCGACAACCCCCUUGCCCACGAGUUCGGCACCGCCGAGGAGAUCUGGGCCCAGACCGGCGGUGCCGUCGACGCCGUCGUCGCCGGCGCAGGCACCGGAGGCACUAUCACCGGCAUCGCCCGCGGCCUCAAGAAGCACAACAAGAACAUCAAGGUCAUCGCCGCCGACCCCCACGGCAGCAUCCUCGCCGUACCCGAAUCCCUCAACAAGGAGCACGAAAACGAGUCCUACAAGGUCGAGGGCAUCGGCUACGACUUCAUCCCCGAGGUCCUCGACCGCGACCUCGUCGACAAGUGGUACAAGACCGAGGACCGCGAGUCCUUCCAGCUCGCUCGCCGCCUCAUCGCCGAGGAGGGCCUGCUCGUCGGCGGCAGCUCCGGCUCCGCCCUGGCCGCCGCCUUCCGCGCCAUCAAGGACCUCGGUCUCGGCAAGGGCCACACCGUCGUCGUCGUCCUACCCGACAGCAUCCGCAGCUACCUCUCCAAGUUCGCCGACGACGACUGGCUCGCCGCCAACGACCUCCUCCCCGAGGUCAACGGCCUCGACACCCACGCCACCGCCGGCGCCGACGCCAGCAAGCCUAGCAACGGCGUCAGCAAGACCGCCGGCGCCGACCCCUACGAGGGCGCCACCAUCCGCGCCCUUCGCCUGAAGCCCGUCAUGUCCGUCCCCGCCACGAGCCCGUGUUCCGAGGCCUCCGAGAUCAUGCGCGACAAGGGCUUCGACCAGCUGCCCGUCCUCUCCGCGACCGGCAACAGGCUCGUCGGUCUCGUGACGCUCGGCAACCUGCUCAGCUACAUCUCGUCCGGCCGCGCCACGGGCUCGAGCCCCGUUAGCGACGUCAUGUUCGACUUUGGCCGCCUCGACGAGGUUGUCACCGAUCCCCGCCAGGCUGGCGAGGGCGCCGGCGACAAGGCCAGGAAGCAGAAGAAGCGCAACUUUGUCGAGAUCACCCUCGACACGCCCCUCUCCGUGCUCAGCAAGUUUCUCGAGUGGAACAGCGCCGCCGUCGUCACCGACAAGGCCGACGGCGCCGGUAGCCUGUCCAAGCCCGUGGCCGUCGUCACCAAGGUCGACCUGCUCACCUGGGUCGUGAACAAGAAGGCCUAAUUCAUUGGAGGUUCUUCCUUCUUUUCUCCCGCUAAUUCUCCUUCCAAUUUCGAACAGAAAAGAGUCAACGAGAAGGAGAUUGAGUUUUAAGAAAUAGAGCUUGAGUAUUUUAGAAAAAAAGACAGAGAGAGAAGGCAACAAGACUAUACUAGGGAAGACGAUAGUCUCGGCAUCGGCGUUCGGAAAGCGGGCAUGGCAGUGGGUGGCAGGGACGAAUCUUGGGUCCCAUCAACUGACCUCGGUUGGCGGCAUUUGCUUGGAAAUAUUAGGACGGGGUAGACUCAACGUCUACAUAGAGCGAACACGGUAGGAUCUGUUCCUACCAGGAUAGAAUCACACAUCACAAUGUUUUGCGCAUUUGAACCGGCGUCCCACU